UAUUCGAUAAAUAUGGGCCCGAAGUGGGAAGUUUAGACUAGGGUUUUUCAUAACCCUAUAUCAUAUUCUCUAUCACUUCUACCCUUUCAUUCUAUCCGCCUCCUGCAACUCCUGGAGAGAAGUCGUUGUAGGGAAAAGACGAAAUGGCUCGGAUCAAGGUGCAUGAGUUGAGGCAGAAGAACAAGGCGGAGCUUUUGGCGCAGCUGAAGGAUCUGAAGGCAGAGCUGGCGUUGCUUAGGGUCGCCAAGGCGACUGCUGGGGCUGCCAACAAGCUGUCAAAGAUCAAGGUGGUUAGGCUUUCCAUAGCCCAGGUGCUGACUGUAAUUUCCCAGAAACAGAAGGCCGCUCUCAGGGAAGUAUACAAGAACAAGAAGUAUUUGCCUCUUGAUCUCCGUCCCAAGAAGACUCGUGCCAUUCGCAGGCGCCUGACUAAGCACCAGGCAUCUUUGAAGUCUGAAAGGGAGAAGAAGAAAGAGAUGUACUUCCCAAUGAGGAAGUAUGCAAUUAAAGUUUAAGUUGAUCAACGGUGGAAGUUAUUUCAGUACCAUCCCUGCUUAAUCUCAAAGGAUAAUUACAUUUUGUUUGGUAAGUUGUUAGCUGAAAAUUGUUAUGAUUUUGAGGACUUUGAGUUUUUGAGUGUCAUUAUAUGUUAUUAUCUUAUGACUAGAGACGAAAGAUUUUGAUUGAAGUUAUGCAUUUUACUUCUAUUUGGCUUGGUU